AUGAUGUUCCCCAGCCUCAUCGCCCCCCCGGCCGUCUACCCCAGCCUCCUGCGGCCGACCCCCACCCUCACCUUGCCUCAGUCGCUGCAAUCAGCUUUUUCCAGCCAUUCCAGCUUCCUGGUGGAAGAUUUGAUCCGGAUCAGCAGGCCCGCCGGUUACCUGCCCAGGACUGCCCCCCCGCCCAGCAUGUCCCCCCCGACCUCGGCGACCAGGACGGACUCCGGGACGCCGGAGCUCGCCAGCUCCACCACCGCCGCCGGCUCCAGAAGGAUCUGUUCGCCACAGACAUCCACCAGCGACUCCACUUUCCUCAAGUUUGGGGUCAACGCCAUCCUCUCCUCCGCGCCCCGCACCGAAACUUCCCCUGCGUUGCUUCAGAGCGUCCCUCCCAAGACUUUCUCCUUUCCGUACUUUGAAGGCUCCUUCCAGCCCUUUAUCAGAUCUUCCUAUUUCCCAGCUACCUCCGCUGUGGUCCCCAUCCCUGGCACCUUCUCCUGGCCGCUGGCUGCCCGCGGAAAGCCCCGCCGUGGCAUGCUCCGUCGGGCCGUCUUCUCCGACGUGCAGCGCAAGGCGCUGGAGAAGAUGUUCCAGAAGCAGAAGUACAUCAGCAAACCCGAUAGGAAGAAGUUGGCAGCCAAGCUGGGCCUCAAGGACUCGCAGGUGAAGAUCUGGUUCCAGAACAGGAGGAUGAAGUGGAGGAACUCCAAAGAAAGAGAGCUCCUCUCUUCUGGUGGCUGCAGAGAACAGACCCUACCCACCAAGUUCAAUCCUCACCCAGACCUCAGUGACGUAGGGAAGAAAUGUUCAGGAGAGGAGGAGGAAGAGGAGGAAGUUCCCCCCGUGUGCCCACCGAGCCCCCGGCAUCCCUUAACCUACCACCAGUCCCCAGAACAUCUGCACUUGCGGGACAGACUGGACUCCCAGAUGUCUCCUUCUCCAUCCCAUUCUAGCAGCCCCAGCAAACCUUCAGACUUCUCAGACUCAGAGGAAGAGGAUGAUGAAGGGGAAGAGGAAGAGGAGGAAAUAACAGUCUCUUAGAUCACCCUGCCCGCCCCUACCAUCACAUGGGGACAUUGCAAAGAUGUAAAUAAAACAGAGCGCUAUAAAUUGAAGAGGUGAUGUCCCACCCAAACGUCCACAAGCUUCUCCAGUGCAGGUUCUUUAUCACAUAGCUGCAAGACUUUCCGCUUAUAGGUAUCCCUUAUUUUUCUGCCCCAUGUGGAGGUUUUCAUAUUCAUAGCAUCUGCAAACCUUUUUAUAACCCCCUCUGCUUAACAAUCAACAUUUGCUCAAUUAGCUACCUUCUCCUGAAAGCAAGCAAUAGGCAGCUCCUUGCUUUAUAGCAGGGAGAAAAGUAUAGCCUCCUAAGAUUUUUUUUCUUCCAGAUAAGAAACAACAAAAAAUACAAUAUAAAAGCUGUGGCCAUUUUUACUACCUUUCCAAGUGAAUUUCCAGAUACUACUAAGAUUUCAAAACCCUGAGGACUAGUCUGAUGUAGCAACCCUUCCCUCCAAAAGUAAAUAAAGUUAUUGAGGGACACAGACCAAGUGCUGGCUCCCAAAUAGCAUGAUACUUGGGGAACAGACCCAUUGAAAUCCCCAGAGUGACUUCUAAGGUAUAAUGCAAGCGUGCCUUGUGUAAUGGAGACCUUAUAUAUUUAUUUGCUUUCCAUUUUAAUUUAUGCAUCAAUAUUAUAUUAGAAGCACUGUCUAACCCACUGUUUUGCCCAUAGGCCUGUGCUUAUUUUCCACUUUGCUUCUGCUAUCCAUGGUGUGGACAGAGGAAAGUGGAUAUGCCUCUUUGAUUUUUGACUGAACUUUGCUGUCUUUGCACAGCUUAUAUGAACUGUACACUAUUUUGUACACUUACUCUGUAUGGAUGUUUUAUACCAAGGUUAUUGUGAAUGAAUAUAAUGAUGGCUCAACAAGAUUCCUCUCCAUUUUUUAAUUAAAUGAUGGCUAAACUACAGACAAAUGUAGCUGUUUAAUUUUGUAACUUAUAAAGAAACGCUUUUAUUUUGUAUUUUACAAUGU